AGCCGAGCCCGCGCCGCCCCGCCUGAGCGCGCCCCGAGCCGCCGCCGCCGUCGGGCGCGGCCGGGCCGGGGCGGCGCGCCAUGGGGUCGCUGUUCCGGAGCGAGCCCCUGAGCCUGGCGCAGCUCUUCCUGCAGGCGGGCGCGGCCUACGAGUGCCUCGGCGCGCUGGGCGAGCGCGGCCUGGUGCAGUUCCGGGACCUUAACCAGAAUGUAAGUACUUUCCAAAGAAAAUUUGUGGGAGAGGUGAAGCGAUGUGAAGAAUUAGAGCGAAUAUUGGCGUAUUUGGUGCAGGAGAUUCGGAGAGCCGACAUCCCCCUUCCGGAGGGAGAGGCCAGUCCUCCUGCGCCGCCUCUUAAGCAAGUCCUAGAAAUGCAGGAGCAAUUACAGAAGCUCGAGGUUGAACUGAGAGAAGUGACCAAGAACAAGGAGAAGCUGAGGAAAAACUUGCUGGAGCUGAUUGAGUACACGCACAUGCUGAGGGUGACCAAGACCUUUGUUCGACGCAACGUGGAGUUUGAACCCACAUACGAAGAAUUCCCUCCCUUAGAGAAUGAGUCUUUAUUGGACUACAGCUGUAUGCAGAGGCUGGGGGCCAAACUGGGGUUUGUGUCUGGCCUGAUUCACCAAGGAAAAGUGGAAGCAUUUGAGAAAAUGCUGUGGCGGGUGUGCAAAGGGUACACCAUCGUGACCUAUGCAGAGCUGGACGAGCCCCUCGAAGACCCUGAAACUGGAGAAGUCAUAAAGUGGUACGUGUUCCUGAUCUCCUUUUGGGGAGAGCAGAUUGGCCACAAGGUCAAGAAGAUAUGCGACUGUUACCACUGCCACGUGUACCCCUACCCCAACACUGCUGAGGAGCGCAGGGAGAUCCAGGAGGGCCUCAACACCCGCAUCCAGGACCUCUACACCGUGCUGCAUAAGACCGAGGACUACCUACGGCAGGUGCUGUGCAAAGCGGCCGAGUCUGUCUACAGCCGCGUGGUGCAGGUGAAGAAGAUGAAGGCCAUUUACCACAUGCUGAACAUGUGCAGCUUCGAUGUGACCAACAAGUGCCUGAUCGCUGAGGUCUGGUGCCCCGAGGCCGACCUGCAGGCCCUGCGCCAGGCACUGGAGGACGGGUCGCGAGAGAGCGGUGCUACGAUCCCCUCAUUUAUGAACACCAUCCCGACGAAAGAAACGCCCCCGACGCUGAUCCGCACCAACAAGUUCACCGAGGGCUUCCAGAACAUCGUGGACGCCUACGGCGUGGGAAGCUACCGCGAGGUGAACCCAGCGCUCUUCACCAUCAUCACAUUCCCCUUCUUGUUUGCUGUGAUGUUCGGAGACUUCGGACAUGGCUUUGUGAUGUUCCUAUUUGCUCUCUUGUUGGUGUUGAACGAAAACCAUCCCAGACUGAAGCAGUCCCAAGAGAUCAUGCGCAUGUUCUUCAAUGGCCGCUACAUCCUCCUGCUGAUGGGGCUCUUCUCCGUGUACACCGGCCUCAUCUACAAUGACUGCUUUUCUAAGUCAGUCAACCUUUUCGGCUCGGGGUGGAAUGUGUCUGCCAUGUACAGCUCCAGCCACGCACCAGCGGAGCGGCAGAAGAUGGUGCUGUGGAACGACAGCGUGGUCAGGCACAACAGGCUCCUGCAGCUGGACCCCAGCAUCCCCGGAGUCUUCCAAGGCCCCUACCCUCUGGGCAUCGACCCGAUUUGGAACUUGGCCACAAACCGCCUCACUUUUCUAAACUCUUUCAAAAUGAAAAUGUCUGUGAUUUUAGGAAUUAUCCACAUGACUUUUGGCGUCACUCUGGGAAUAUUUAACCACUUGCAUUUCAGGAAGAAGUUCAAUAUUUAUUUGGUUUCCGUCCCGGAGCUGCUCUUCAUGCUCUGCAUCUUCGGCUACCUUAUCUUCAUGAUUGUCUACAAGUGGCUGGUUUACUCGGCGGAAACCUCCAGAGUGGCUCCCAGCAUUCUCAUUGAGUUCAUCAACAUGUUUUUGUUCCCGGCCAGUGAAACAAGUGGUCUUUACAGAGGGCAGGAGCACGUGCAGAGGCUACUGCUGGCCGUCACAGCCCUGUCCGUCCCUGUCCUUUUCUUGGGAAAGCCGCUCUUCCUCCUGUGGCUGCACAACGGGCGCAGCUGCUUCGGGGUCAGCAGGAGUGGCUAUACCCUUGUGCGGAAGGACAGUGAGGAAGAAGUGUCCUUGCUGGGCAGCCAAGACAUUGAGGAGGGAAAUAACCCCGUGGAAGACGGAUGCAGGGAGGUCACGUGCGAAGAGUUCAAUUUCGGAGAAAUACUGAUGACCCAAGUCAUCCACGCCAUUGAGUACUGCCUGGGCUGCAUCUCCAACACCGCUUCGUACCUGCGCCUCUGGGCCCUCAGCCUGGCCCACGCACAGCUGUCCGACGUUCUGUGGGCCAUGCUGAUGCGGGUGGGCCUCCGCGUGGACACCACCUACGGGGUCCUGCUGCUGCUCCCUGUCAUCGCGCUCUUUGCACUUCUGACGAUUUUCAUCCUCUUGAUCAUGGAAGGGCUGUCUGCGUUUCUUCAUGCCAUCCGCCUCCACUGGGUAGAGUUUCAGAACAAAUUCUACGUUGGUGCAGGCACCAAGUUUGUUCCUUUCUCAUUCAGUCUGCUUUCAUCCAAGCUCAGCGGUGACGACCUGGCGUGAGCACAUUGCUGGACCCAACAGGCUCUCAGAUUUGUGGAGAAUUAUCAUGUUCUAGAAUUUCACUAUGUCAGAUUUAUGAUUGGGAAAACUCUGUCUUCAUUGAUUGCCUUAUGAUAUAGCCAAAUAAUUCUGUAAGAUAUACCUCUUCCUCAUGUUAAAUAUUUUGUAAAGUUUGUCAGUUUCAGAUAUAUAAAAUUCAGUUUUAUGAUGAGCGAAUAUAAGUUGAUCCCAAA